GUCCAAAGCCUCCAAAGUCACCAGAAAAUGUUACAAUCGGCCAACUGACAAGGGAAGAUAGAAGUUUGAAUGCGGAAAUGAGAUGGUCUCCUUCCGUCUCAGAUAUUCCGAUACAAAAGUAUAUUGUUUUUUGGAGUAGAAGGCUCUUUGGAUCCAAAGCUCUGGACUCUGUUCUGGUUCAUCAGCAAGUGAUACCCGGGAAUCAAACUCACUUCAAACUACGAAACCUGGAACCUAACUCUCAAUACUUCCUUCAAAUCCAAGGACUUGCACAAUUUGGAAAGCAAAGACUGAAAGGCGAGAAAUCCGGUGAUCUAUUGAACACCACUGUUGAUGAAAACGACAACGCUUUAGUGCUAGACACGUCUGGAAAAGAAAAAAUAGAGACUCUCCAUCUACAGAAGCUGACCUGGAGCAAGGGAAAACUCACAGCAAGGAUAAUGUGGAAAAGUAUUAACAGGACUUCGAAAUCAAUUGUCACGUGGUGGAGCAAUGCCUGUCAUGGUCGAGUCAAGGGACAAAAGCAUUUCAAGUUAUCCGAAGUGACCAAAGCCAAUUUUUUCAUCCUGUACGAUCUCCAGUUCGACUGCCGUUACAGAGUGAGUGUCAAAGACAGUUCUGCAAAACGUUCCAAAGCUGCUCAAGAUACUUAUGUAACUUUUACUACGCCGAAAUGUAGUACUUUCAAAAAAAGUCACAGAAAAACAAAAUGUAGUUAGUUUUUAAAAGUUAGUAAUAAGUGUUUCGAUUUUCGAUUGUGAUAAUUUUUUUAAUGUAUAUUUUAUAUUUAUGCAAUAAGAAUCGCUGUACUGUG